AUGACACUUCAAUCUUUUUUGUUAAGUCUGCUAUUCCUCAAUAUGUGCUGGAGAUCUGAAUCAGCCUGUACAAUGGCCAACUGGUGGGGAGCGUUUGACCAUAAAGGAUGGGCUACCUGUGACUCUUCAACCCAGUAUAUCAAAGGGCUGUGGAGAAACCAUAAUGGAGGCCCUAAAGAAAAGAUCUGGUUGCUAGAAGAGGCAAAGUGCUGUUUAGCUCCCCCGCCAUAUGCGAACGUCCCGUCAACUUGUAAAAUUGCCAACUGGUGGGGCGUUCUGGAUGGGUGAGAAAAUAUUGGUUUUCACAUUACGUUAUCAAAAUUCAAACUGAAGAAUUGUCGAUACUCCUGAGCUUUACUUUCAUGAAGAAUUAGAGCAGCUAAGAACUAAUAUUUCUACAACUUUUCUCUUGAAAAGGGUUCUUCUUUCUGUCAUAGAGUACGAUUGAGUUUCUAAGCUUUUGCGUAAAGCGACACUGAUUUAUACGGGGGCCGAGCCAGCUGUUAAAUAGGCUGUAAGAGUGACUCAUUUUGGGACAUUUUGCUUUCUUAACAGUUAUUGUACUGAUUAUUAGUUCCUCGAGAAAUGAAUUCAUGCUUUCGUAGCAAGAUCAGUGACAGAUCUUUCUAGUGGUUUUCGGCCGUGAUGGUGCGCAUUGGAUGAGCACCAACACGGCAUCUCCAUACAAAGCUCUGUAAAUUUGAGUAAAUCAUUUCUCCGUCGCGGCAGAUGAAAAAUUGCACUGACCUGAAUCUUGUUGAGGUUCCAUAUUUACCUCUUUUCAUUUCCCAGAUUCUGGACUUGAUCUAUAUUCCUCUGCCCACGAAUAAAGAAAACUUUGGAUGCGCUUAAGCUGUUAUGUUACGGGACCCUACUUUAUACUGCUUUCCUCAAAAAUCGCGACAAAUAAACUGUCAACAAAACAAAUAAAGUUUAGAUAAACUAGAGAUACAUCCACAUAUGGUUAUCGGUAGUUUAAGGGACUGUGCAAUAAUUAUCAGGAGGGGGGGUGGGGGGCUGAAAAACUAGAGUUAUCUAGCAAAAACUUAGACAGUACCCCCCUCCAAAACAAAAAAAAUUAGUUCUAACCCCCCUCUGUUAUGUUAAAAAUAACGUCGCACCCCCCUCCCACCACCCACCCACACACACACACACACCCAUCCCUCACCGCCACCAUUACCAUAGAUGCCUUUAAGUAAAUACGUUUUAUAUUGUCAGGCUACUGUAAGCAUACGUUCACUUGUUGGAUGUCGUCGUCUGGAACAAAUAGUACCUCAUAUGAAUGUUCAACAAAGCCAUCCUUUUCGGAGUCAUCUGAAUCCAAAUCAGAGUUGUUUUCGGAAGUACUUAUGUGAGAAUCAGAGUCGUAUUCGGAAUCACUGGAUAGGAGUUCUGUGUCACUGUCAUUGGCACUAUUUCUUUCGUUGUUUCGUGUUCCAGUAUGCGAGGAAUCAAGAGCACGUGCUACUAGCGCAGCUUUACUUCCAGAUACAUGAAGAUUGUUCUGCUUAAGGUAGAUCUUAAUUUGUCUUGCUGUGAGGGAUUUGACUUCAUUUUCUUCUUUCCAGUUAAUGUCUGGAAGGGUAUUGCGUUCAGCUUCUCUUUUUUGAACUUCCAAUGCAAGAAACUCACGAUGCUGAACAAAACUUUUGAGAGUGAUUUCAUCAACCGUCAACUUCUCGCACACCUCCUGCAUUUCGUUGGCGUUGGAAGAGGUUAACAUACCAGAAUCGACUAACUUCUUGACUUUCGCACUUGGAAGUUGUCGAUCGAUAUAUAUGGAAUUCAGCAAAUCGAUUCAGUCGAUGAAGAGACAUUACUUUUAUUCGCAUCAAAAACCGACAAAACUUGUCUACGAGAUCUGUUUGAUUCCUAUUGUUUUAUGGGGGAAGCUGAAAAACAAGUUCAUGAUUUUUGCUUUACAUAGGAUCAGCUCAAUUAAUUAGAAGACAGGUUGGAAUUGAUCAGUUGUGAAUUUGCUUUUCAUUUUGAUGGAAUAUUUUCAAUAAUCGUUUAACAGCUGUUCGUAUUGAUAUUUGUUACAGUCUAUCAUGAUGCCUGUAUUGAGAAUCUUUUAUUUCGUUUAAUUUUAUUUACAUUUCGAAUAAAACCCCCUCUCCGUCAAAUGAGUGAUUUUACGUUGAGCCCCCCCUAUCUUGGCAGCAAUUUUAUGUAAUGCCCCCCCUCUAGUUUUUCAGCCCCCCCUCCUGAUAAUUAUUGCACAGUCCCUAACAUCAACCAUUGAGUUAGAAAUUCUAGUUUUUCGUGUUUGUUUUGGAGACAGAACGCCAAAACCUGCAAAAACCUGCAAAAUAGCUUUAGCUAAGUGUUUCUCCCACGUUAAAUAAAGAUUAUGUUAUGUUUUUAUGUUAUAAGAGAAUAAGCAGAUUAACGUUUCCGACUCUUCCUUCCUCUGCCAUUUCAAAAUUGUCAAGGGAAGCCAACAAAAUGCUAUCUGUUCUGUUAUAAAGGCUUGCUGUGGUCUGUGCAUAAGAUUUCGCAUAAAAUCUUGCUUUUGCCUUUGUCUUUGCAAUGAAGGUUUAACGUCUGGGCCGUUUGUCCAACUGGUUACUUUCUACAAGGUCUUUGGCGAAAUGAUGGGGCUGGCUGGAUUUGGCAAAUUGAAGAGGCCAAGUGCUGUAAACCGAACAUAUUGCCUGACCAGUAUGAACACUGCUACAACGAGAAUAUCUGGGGGUCAUUUGAUCACUAUGGACUUAGUGAGUGUAAGAAAGACGGCUACUAUGCGGCUGGAUUUUACAAGUCAAACUGCAACACACUGGGUUGUAUUGAGGAGCUCAAGUGCUGCAGGAUGGUCGUUGGUGAGUCAUACUGA